GCAACGCAUGGCUGUUCGGUCUCGUUUAUGGCCAAAAUGGAAGGAAUUGAAACAAAAUUUCCCUCUAAACACGUGUGUAAGAAAACUUUGAAAAAAAAAGGACACGAACCAAUCCAAGAAAUUUGGUCGAAAGUGAAAUCCCACUCGUGUUGCAAGUUGUACAUAUAGGACUCCUGAGGGAUUGUCUUUUUUAUGGGCGAAUAGUAGACUUGUAGAUGAACGUGGAUUUAGGGCAUUCAUUAUUGACGUUUCUAACUAAUGUGGCGAUGCAUUACAGUGACAUGAAAUCAUAACAUGGAUGAUCUUUUUGCAUCCAUUGGGAAUGACAUGACCUCACUUCACAGCCCUACCCUCAUAUAUAGAUCCUCUGUUAUCCUUCAGUUUUGAGUAACAUGGAUGAGUCUAACGAGUAUAUCUAUGAACUGGGAGCAAAAGAUUCCCAACAUGUUAGUUUCUCAAUUUGCAGAGCAAAACCCAGAAGACUGAAAUUGGCUAAGAAAGUGAACCAAAGAAAGUUUAUGGCCAGCACAUGCCGAAUGAAAUAUUAUAAUCCAGCAAGUUUAUCAACUGCUUCAAUUGAAGAAGACUUCAUCCCUCAACUUCCAUGGCAUGCCAUCUUUGUGUUUCUUGACCCAAUACUCCUUGGUGUGAUGCAAGUUGAGUAUCAAAACAAGAAAGAAUCACCCUUUGAAACACACCCUCUUCAGAAAAAUACCUUCUUGAUUACCAUAUGCAUCUAUGGUGCCCUUUUAGGAAUCAAGAUUCAUACAAAGACACGCAGAGAUUAUCUGGAAAAGAUUCUCAGCUAUGGUCUUCUCCUUUCUGGAGCCUUUUCUUCACUGUCCCUUCUCUCCAUUUUGAUGCAGCAAAAGCUCUUGUGGAUUGUGCUCAUCAUAUGGGGCUCUAUACCUCUGAUAUUGUCUCAUCACAUGCUCAGAAGUGCAGCAUGUUGGACAGUGAAAAUCUUUGAGAAGUUGACAUGGGAUGUUUCUGAUAAACAUUCUUCAGCAUGUGGAAACAACGAUGUUUGCCCAAGAGUUUAAGGUAUUUAAGUAAGAUCAUUAGUUAUAACUUAUUUGGAUACAAAAUUACAAGUCCUUUUUUUGGAGUUUUCUCCUAAAAAACAGAUUUUGUUUGCAUAAACUUCUCGAUAAACAAUAAAAGAGAAUAAAUGCUUGCAUAAUGAUGCAUUUGUUUCUCUACCAGUAGUGUUGAGAAUUUUAUCCAAACAAUAUCCAAGUUAAUUUCUCUUGUACCAAUAAUGAAAUGAGUGAAUUCUUCAGUUUUGGAGUUCAUCAUGUGAACAUUUGCAAAUUUUCUUGUUUGAUGUUAAAGGGGUUCGGUUUUGGGUGAUUUGGUUAAGCACUUACUGUUGCUAGUUCUUGAUCAACCUGAAACAAAGUGUAUGAUAGAAUUGUUCGAAGUGCACUUGAAUCCAAUGAAAUGCAUAUUACAGAAACUGUUCAAUGUUACUAUUUUAACAACUGAAGAAUUACCGAGCUUCAAAAACGA